AGUGAAGUUUCUUUCAUUACUCAAUCAAGUCGUAGCAAAGUUUUUAAGUACUAAAAAUCAAUUUUUUUACUCUUUAUUUUGAUGAUUUUUAAAAGUUAGAUACAACAAAGUAAAAAGUGUUAAGUCUUGUGUACUUAAAAGUGCUCAGAAGUUUUGUUAAAAAUAUCAGAAAAGAAUUUUUCUUUCUCUUGUUUGUCUUUUGACAACUGUGCAUGAUAAGAGAAACAUUUAUCUAGAAAACUUUGAAGGCUGAACGAAGUGCGUCUAAAUCAGAGAAUUAUUAAUUACAUAAAAAAAAGUGAAGAGAGUUUGUUGCACGUGUUGAAAACUUUCGCAAAAUUCAUUCGUGAAUAGAAACUUUUGAUUUUGUUUCGUGCUGUUCUAUAAAAAGUCGUCAAGAUUCUUACCCUCAGCUAUAUACUCAUGGAUUUAAUCAAAAAUAUUAAGGACAUUAUGAUAGGGGAUCGGAGUAAUACGGAUGUAAUCCGCGAAGCAUGUCAAGAUCUCAUCUUGGACGACAAAACUCUCAGAGAAAUUAUGUCACGGUUUCUUUGUGAGAUUGAACGAGGCCUCAAAAAGAAGACACAUCCACAAGCCGACAUCAAAUGUUUUGUCACAUAUGUUCAAGAUCUGCCAAAUGGAAAAGAACGCGGCAAGUUUUUAGCUCUUGAUCUGGGCGGCACAAAUUUUCGUGUUUUGUUGAUUCAUCUCAAAGGAGAGAGUGACUUCGAAAUGCAGUCAAAGAUUUAUGCAAUCCCACAAAGUAUUAUGCUUGGUUCUGGCACACAACUUUUCGAUCACAUUGCCGAAUGUUUGGCAAACUUUAUCAAGGAGCACAAAAUUCAUAACGAGAGGCUGCCACUUGGUUUUACUUUCUCUUUCCCAUUGAAACAAUUAGGCUUAACAAAAGGAUAUUUAAUCAGAUGGACGAAAGGUUUUAACUGUGAAGGUGUAGUUGAUCAUGAUGUUGUUGAAUUGCUUGAAGAUGCUCUGAGGAGACGUGGUGAUGUACAGAUUGAUGUCUGUGCUAUAUUGAACGACACAACUGGAACGCUCAUGUCUUGUGCUUGGAAGAAUCACAACUGCAAAAUUGGAGCUAUUGUUGGAACUGGAAGUAAUGCAUGUUACGUUGAACGUGUGGAAAAUUGUGAAAUGUAUGAUGGAGAUUCAAAAGGUAAAGAGCAUGUGCUGAUAAACACAGAAUGGGGCGCAUUCGGAGACAACGGAGCACUUGAUUUCAUUCGAACAGAAUAUGAUCGUGAAAUCGAUGAAUUUAGUAUCAACAAGGGAAAACAACUUGCCGAAAAAAUGAUUUCUGGAAUGUACAUGGGUGAAUUGGUACGUUUGGCUCUCGUAAAAUUCACAAAGGAUGGACUUUUGUUUGGAGGGCAAGGGUCAGAUUUGCUAUUUAAACGCUUCCAGUUCUUCACAAAAUAUGUAUCUGAAAUUGAGUCGGAUAAGGCAGGUGAUUACUUCAACUGCUACGAUGUUCUCGAGGAAAUUGGAAUUCUUCACGCAACUGAUGAAGAUUGCGCUAAUGUUCGUUUUAUUUGUGAAUGUGUUUCAAGUCGGGCAGCUUAUUUAUCAUCAGCUGGUAUUGCUGCUCUCAUCAAUAAAAUGAAUGAUCCUAGUGUGACGGUUGGAGUUGAUGGCUCAGUCUAUCGUUUCCAUCCAAGAUUCCACGAUCUGAUGUACAGCAAAAUUCGUGAGCUUACUAACGAUCAUAUUAAAUUUGAUUUGAUGUUAUCAGAGGAUGGUUCAGGACGUGGUGCUGCACUUGUAGCUGCUGUUGCAUCACGACAGACACAUGAGUCGGAUGAUCAGUAAUUUUCUUCGUUUCCAUUUUCUUAACUUGCACGAAAUUUUCGUCAACUUUAAUCGUCGGUUUAACGAACGAGAAGAUUUUGAUGACCGUCGAAGAUUUUGCUUUCUUUUUAUCAAUUCAAUUGUAACACCUGCAAAGCUUGAAAGCAAUAAUUAACGAAAUCAUUUUGAAGCGUCGAUCUUACUGUCAACUUCAAAUCAUCGAUGAAAACAUGAUUAUUGGAUCUUCUUUGGACGAAUUUUAGUCUCAGUUUAAGAGAGGAAGGAAACUUCUAUUUUUUUAAGAUAAUUUGAUUAAGUAUUUAAUUGAUAGAUUCAAGAAAAAUCUCUCCAAAUAAUUUUCAAGUUUGUAAGAGUUUCUUUCCCACUUUUUUGUAAAUGGUUUCAGUGUUGCCAUCGUUCUUUGGAAUGUUCUUUUAUUUUAUAUCUUUUCGAUUUUAUUUCAAUUUGUAUUUAAUCUAUUCGGUCAGAUUUUGAUUUUUUUUUUUUGUUUUUUCUUUUAAUUAUCUAAAUUACUUUUAUUUUAUUAACUGUCAAUGUGUCGAUCAAAUUGACCGAAAAGCUCACCAACAGUUUAACAACAACUUUCAUUUCCUACAGCAACUUAUUUUUAUCUUCUUAAUUAUGUAAAUAUUUAAGUUUAAGGAAAGAUUAUCUACAUACAUAAUUUUUUUUCUAACGAAUCUUUGAUUUUGUGUUGUAUUAAAUAUUCCACAAGUAAAUGACCUAUUCGGUUUUCAUGAAAGAAACUUUAAGGUGCUUUCAUAAGAUACUUGAUAGUUGAUGAGAUAUUUUGAUAUUUAUUACAUUCAUUUAUUGGUUUCAUUCUCUUUCGAAUAGCCUCAGGUCGCAGCUUUAUCUUGUUCAAUAAUUUUCGUACAUCUUUUGUAUGAAUUUGAAAAAAUAAAUAAAUCAAAAUUCAUCAGCUAUCAUACUGCACAUUAAUUUUCCUUCAAAUUUCAUUUGUUACCGAAUGUGGUCUUGUGUCGUGAUGAAACUGGGAAAGUGAUAGAAUUUAGUUACUUAAAUAAUAAAGAAAGGAGUUUCAAAAGUCACAACGUUUAUCGCAAAGAUUUGUCAUGUGAAUUGUUUGCAGUUUGAUUCUGCCAGAUUCAUCCACGCAAUGAAAGCGAUAACGUCCGAUCAAUAUCUAAAAUAUAUUUACUUAACAGCCAUUUACAGAAGCAAAAUGAUUGUAAAUUGAUUUGCACUCUUACUUUUUUUUCUAAAAAACAGAAAUUCACCUUCAAGGUGACAUUUUUUUAUCUUUCAUGAUUGUAAAUAUUUUGAUGAUUUUUGGAAAUUUUGUUUUAUCUGAAAACCUUUCAAAAUUACAACGGAAUUAGUUUGUAAUUGCUUUGUAUACGUUUUCAUUUGUUAUGGCCUUACUUUCCAUAUUCUUUAAAUUGUUUUUAAUAGAAUGAUGACGCCAUAGUGAACUAUCCUCUAACAGUUGAAGUUGUUGAAUGAAAGAAAUUUUAUUGUAGUCUAAAAUGUAUUAUGAACAGAAAACUUUUUCACAAAUGAAAAGCUCCUAACACAACUUACAUACUUAUUAUAUCCGUAUCAUAGAAGAGACUUUGUAGAUGAUAUGAAAUUAAUCUCAACUUUCAUUAAAAAGAAAGCUUGCGAUAAUCCUUCAAUACGAAGUAAGAAUAUUAUAAUAAAUAAAUAAGAAAAGAAUGAAAUGGAAAUGUGGAAAAGUCUAAUAUUAUUACUAUUAUUAUUAUGAUGAGAAUCCUUUUUCAUAAUGGAACUAAGGAUCUUGAGUUAAUUAGAUUAAAAUGAAUCAUUAUUGUAUGUUAAAAAUUAUUUCAAAAUGGAAAAUGAAAAAUGUUUAAAUAAAACUUAUCAAAAAAAAAG